GAUCCAAAUUCCAAACGUGAUUAAUUCACACAUGGAAACGCUGUUAACAGUGCGAUGUCUAUUUCCAGUCACUUUUUUUUUAUCAAUACUUAAUACCACAGACACUAAAACUACUGUAAAAGCUGUAUUUAUUUUCAUAUCAAACAUUUAUUUUUCAAUAAUCACUGUUGUCAUUACUAUAUUGUUCUUCAAAUUAAUGCAUGGUUUAGUGUUUUCAAUGAUUACAUUGUUUCAGUGUUUUUAUGCUACCGAAGUCGUGUUGAUGUAUUCAUAGUUGUUAAUUUUUUUUACUUGACUUUUUUUUUUUUGUAUAAAAAGAAAAUUUAUAAUGGAAUUUUUCAAAUUUUUCACAGUCACUUGAACCGUUCUACUUGCUUAAUAAUAUUAAAAUUUGGUCAAAAAGUCAUUAAGUUUUACAUGCUUACUGACUGCUUUACUAAUAACAGAAAAAGUGACCAUUAUACAUUAUGUGUGUUUCAAUUCCUUUACUAUUUAAGUACUUGUUAUCAUAAUGAUGAAGAACCUCUCAGUGAACUUUGUAAUUUUGUUAAUAUGUCACAGACUAACAACCAAAUAAAAUUGAAUAUUGUUAAAUAAAAUUUAUCUACUUUGAACAAUAACAAUGAGUAGUGAUUUAAAGAAAUCAAAGUGGAAUUGCGAAUAUUGUACUUAUGAAAAUUGGCCAUCAUCAUUGAAAUGCACUAUGUGUCGCGGUGCAAAGCCGCUUUUUAGUGAAGACAUCUAUAAACUACGUAACUCAAGUCCCCAACGUUCAAGCGUGGCAUCAGGACCCGUGUCUUACAGUCCAUCAGCAGAUUCUCACAAUCUGAUCUCCCAAAAUUCUAAGCAAAUUCUGUCCACGAGUGACAAUUGGUCAUGUGAAGCAUGCACCUACUUAAAUUAUGAAAAUGCGACACUCUGUGGUCAAUGUAUGAGCCAUAAACUACAAAAUCAAUCACAGUUUAACUCUGCAUCGAAUUUGCAUGAACAUCUAGCCCCCCUUAAACUAAUUGACUUGCCAAAAACAAGUCAAAAUUCACAAGUAAUAAAAAGUUUAUGCACUUCAAUACCAACUCAUUUAGAGAAGUGGUCAUGUUCUGUUUGUACUUAUGAGAAUUGGCCAAAAGCAACAAAAUGUAUCAUGUGUAAUCAAAACGAAAAAGACAAACGACGAGAAAAUUCGAUUAUCAGUUCAGAUUUAAUUUUGGCUAGUGCUGAAAGCUUACCAUUAGCAUCACCUCAAUGUUAUAUUCGUGAUGAUAAUUUGGCAAUUGCAAGAAGAAAAAAAACUGACUAUUUUGAUAUUCAAAAUAAAUCUCUACCAGAUGCCCAAUCACUAAAUGAUAAUGAUUAUCAAAGUCAAUUGAAACAGUUAAGACGUCACACAGAUUGGUGUUGGUUAAACGCAUGUAUUGGUAUUGUUGAGGGAGAUAAUGCACCUGUUGAGGUGUACUUAGCAAGUGGGGGAGAUCCUACUCGUCAAUUAACGAAUUCCGAAGUUUUACUACUAAAUAGAACUAGUGCAUUUGAUGUUGGGCAUACACUUGUUCACUUAGCGAUAAGAUUUCAACGUGAAGAUAUUCUAGCUACUCUUUUAUCUCAAAUAGAAGGUUCAGGAUCAGGAAUUAAACGAAUGCCUAGCUAUAUUGCUCCUGAUUUAGCAGCUCAAAUACGGAGACAUGUCACUAACAGUAUUCGCUUACGCAAAGGAUUACUGCCAUGUUAUUUUGUCACUGAUGUGGCAACGUUUGCACUUCCUGCUGAGGUAAAAGAUCUUCCAAGUGUUGUUCAAGAGCAAAUGUUAGAAGAAUUAUUAGAUCGCGAAGCUCAACAACAACUAGAAGGAGGCGAAAGUGAGCCACCAGCUCUCAAUUGGUCCUUGGAAAUAACUGAACGUCUCGGCAGUCGCUUGCAUGCACUUUGGAAUCGGUCUGCUGGUGAUUGUUUAUUAGACUCUGCAAUGCAAGCAACUUGGGGUGUUUUUGAUCGGGAUAAUACUCUUAGACAAGCUCUUGCUGAUUCUCUUCAACAAGCAGGUCAAUUUUUUUAUCCUCGAUGGCGGGAAUAUGAAGCAUCACAAGCUUCGAGAAUGCUACCUUUUACACUUGAAGAAACACAGUGGCAGGGUGAUUGGGAAAACCUUUUGACUACUGCAGCCCAACCUGGUAGUGCUCUAGAACAGUUACAUGUAUUUGCACUUGCUCAUAUUUUGAGAAGGCCCAUUAUUGUUUAUGGAGUAAAAUACGUUAAGAGUUUUCGUGGCGAAGAUAUAGGAUAUGCAAGAUUUGAAGGUGUCUAUUUGCCCUUACUUUGGGAGCCUUCUUUUUGUAUACGUUCGCCAAUUUCACUUGGGUAUACGCGAGGUCAUUUUUCUGCACUUGUGCCGAUUGAACCAUAUAGAUCAUCUCGACUAACUCAUUCGGAUUCAGAGGUUGGUAAUGGGAAGAGUCCAGUGCAACAGCUUCAAACGUUCAUGCCGUUGAUGAAUACAGAACGCAAAUUACUGCCGAUACAUUUCUUAAGUUCCGAAGAAGUAGGAAGAGAGGAUACUAUUUUAAAGCAAUGGCUCGAUGUGUGCACUACAGAAGAAGGAACACUUGUAGCACAACAAAAACUGCAUAAAAAGCCACUUCUAGUGGCGCAAAUGCUAGAAGAAUGGCUCAACUAUUACCGCAGAUUAGCGCAAAUAAACAAUGCUCCCUUCGUUCGACCAGCAGACCUUCCAGAAUAUAGUAGUGACGGUGACACAGAAGAUGAAUAACGUAUCUGAUAAGUACAAUGCGUUAAUUAUAUGACUGUAUUUGGCAAUCUCAUAUUAUACAGAGUAAUUUUUAUAGUUUCAUUAGUCAAUAUUAUCCACUGUCAUUACAAAUAAAAAACAGUAUCUUUGUAACUUUCGCACAUAAAACGUGUUUUUUUUCGUAAUUUUUCACCCUAUUAUAAUUUCUACACUGAGAAAAUUUUUGGAUAAAAAAAAGAAAAUUUAUUCUUGACAGUAAAAAUUAACUUCUUGGCGAAAUACUUUUUGAAAGGAGAAUUAAAUUAUUUAUCAAAGGUAAUUGUUGUUUUAUAAAAAGAAAAAGAAAAAUCUUGAACUAAACAAAGAUUGUUUAUUUCAUUUAGAUGGUGUUUUGUGUCAAACGAUAGAUGGUUUGCGUCAAGAAAAAAACUUCUAAACGUAAACCACGUUACUCCUUCACAUGAACACUAUAUGAUGAUUGUUAUAACAGACAGGCUUCUUUUUUCAAACGGCAGAAGGAUUCUUCUUACAAACAAGUUAUUAUUUAAAGCAAAUCAACUUGAGUUUAAUUCAAAUUAUUAGAAGUUUAAUAAAAUUUUAAAUAAAUUCUAAAAAAAAUUUGUAUAAAAAGUAUUCAUUUUUUAUUUUUUUGCGAUGCGGAUGCCUUGACCGCUGCGCCACGAUCUCGCAUUAGUAGAGAUAAGGUUUGUAUCAUCUACUUGAGAAGCUCGUUAGAUAGAAAUAGUUUUUUUUUUUUUUUCAUACAAUAUUUUUUAUUUAAGGAGGUUAUGUACAAAUUCAUUACGGUUGUUCCGGGGCGCUUCUCACGUCACAGACAAAACGGAGAUCGGGCUACACUGUAAAAAAAUAAUGUGUAAAGCGCCUGCGCUCCGUAUACAAAAUAUGGAACUGCGAGUAUGUAUGUGUGUUUGAUCAUGCCAUACGUUGCCACAUCUAAUUUUUGUAAAGUUUAUAAUUAAUUACUCAUUAAUUGACUGAUCAACAUAUGAAAAUUUUUCGCGCAAUUAAUAAA